AUGUCAAAGCAACCAGAAUCCAACCUAUCUUUGAAGAAUAAAGCAAAUCUGCCGCCCAAGGACAGUCCAGUCACACCCACCAAAAAGAUCAACAAGAUUUCGGUAUCAGACAGAGGCUUCAGCAUUGGUGACAUUACAAAGAGAGAUACAAGUCCUAGUUCACCCAGUAGAAAUGGCAUCACACGUUCACAUUGGAAACAGUCACAGCUGCAAUCAUCACAUUUGAGUUGCAAAAUAUGUGGCAAGAGACUAAAUGUAAAGAAUGGAAUUGUCAAUUGUCGCAAAUGUGGAGAGUUAUUCUGUAACGAUCACACUCAUUAUCGGGUAAAAUUGAGGAACCCAAUGGGAGAUGAAAAGAAGCCACAGUACGAGUCUUCAAAAGAUGGCGUUUGGUGUCGGUGUUGUGAAACUUGUUUUGAAGAAAGUAGAGUGACGGAGGUUUUUGUUCGGGAUCGUACAAAUGAGUUUACUGCCAAACGUCGAGACCAAUUGAACUUGAGCAAAUUACAUCGGACCAAGAUACAACGAAACUUUAUCAAGUUGGCCAAUUUAAUGGUGGAGAAGAAACACGCCCAUCAGAACUCCCUUUUAUCGCUUUUCCAAAAUGUCGAUGAUGAUGAGCGGGGAAUCACUGGGGCAAAUUGGGCCCAGGAUGAAAACAUAACUAACUGCACAAUAUGUUUCACAAAAUUUAACUUUUUGAUUAGAAAACAUCAUUGUCGAUUAUGUGGGGAGAUAGUGUGUGAUGACUCAAAUGGAGUACGGCGGAAUUGUUCAAUGUAUAUUCCGUUAUCGGCAAUUGUUGAAAAACUCCCUAAUUUGAACUACUCAGCUAAAUUCAGAGACGAAUUUGAUCUUCGCGACGAUGAACUACGAUUCAGGUGCUGUGUCAAUUGUAAAAAUGCAUUAUUACACGAUUGGAAGCGGGAUCAUGAUUCAAGUGAUUUCCAUUACGAAGAAAUCUUUGCUCUUUAUGAAGGUAUGCUUUUACAGAAGCUGAAUAUUGAGAGAUUGAUGCCAGUAUAUGACCAAGGCAUAAGUACCGAAGAUGAAGCCAAAACUGGACAUAAGUUGACCAUGAGCUUGAAAGAGUUGGAGAAUUCGAUCUUGUAUUUCAAAAAGAAGUUCUUUCACAAGGAGAAUGAGAUGUUAUUGGUACGUGACGAGUAUCUUCGAUAUAACCGGAUCUUGUUGAAUAUUUAUCAAGGUAUGGGUACUUUUCUCCAUGACAAUUUGCUAAAGUACAAAGCCAUUAGCGAUAAAAAUAAGCCACAAGAGUUGAAGAAAGACAAAACCCCACCACCCCCUCGCUUGACAAAGAAGCAAAUACGAGAGUUGCGAGAACAGUUGAUGGUUUUGAAUGAGCAGAAGUUUCUUGUUGAGAAUCAGAUUCAACAGUUUACUAAGGAUCGGAAAUUUGAUGAGUUAGAUUCAUUGAUAACCAAUAAAGACGAAAUUUCCGAUACGAUAAAGCAAUUGGAAGAAGAGUUGGGCGAAUUUGGCUUUUAG